AUGGAGUCUACGCUAUCUAUUGAAGAUGAAAAAGACAAAGUAACUAAACAAGCUCAUAAAACGAAUAUUACAAAACUUCUCAAGUCUUAUGACUUGUUCAAAGUUAAAGUUAAAUUCGGGUUCGAGAAAGAAAUUAAAGAUACUUUUGAGAAGAAAGGUAGUAAUAUCAAAGCAUAUUUAGGAAAGUUUUCUCGUUCAGGUAAACAUGGUAAACAAAAAGUUUCGGAAAAGGAAAGCAUGCAGACAAUCAUUCAUUCAACUUCAAACCCACAACAGCCCACCAUUAAUCAUUUUCCAAAAACUAACAAGGUUCCACAAAUAAACCAUAAUAAUGUUGGAACACAAGAAGUCCUCCUCCAAGUGCAAGAGAUGCAUCAACUUGUCAAUCAUUUAUGGCAUUUACUAAAACUAUAUAGGCAAAACUUUUCUAAUUCUGCGGAUAAUCUUUUAUUCAUUCAUUCCCAAUUGUCUGCUCUUGAAAUGUCAAGAGAUAAUACGAUGCAUGAGGCAAAAAUUGCAUCAAGAAAUAUUAUUAGUGACUUGCAGUUUUAUUUUAAACCAUUAGACGAUUUAUCCCAAGGAUUUACUUGCUACCUUUGGGAAUUGACCAGGAAUAUCUUUAAUCUGGCAAGUAACGGUCAUGCGAAAACAGUAAUCAAAUGUUUGUCUAGAAUAAUUUGGUUAGAAGAGGAAAUAGAUGCUCAAAAAAACGAAGCACGCAUUGUUAAAUCGUACAAAAACAAGUUUUUUAGUAAUUUGAGCAGCAUUAUUUUGGAAAGAUUUGAGCUUUUUUUGAGCAAAGCUAAAGACGCCCCAUUGACAUUAUUAGACAAAUUAGACUUUAUAUAUACCGAUUUAAGUUUAGUAAAAGAUGAAAUCGAACCACAAUUUCCUUCUCACUACAAUAUAAAGCUUUUUUUUGUGCAGGGGUAUCAUGACCAAGUUUACACUUGGCUGAAUAAAGUUAUACAGACUGACAUGGCUUUGGACGUGGGAACUAUUUUUGCCUUGAUACGCUGGGUGCGUCAAUAUUAUCUUAAAAUCGUAAGUGAUAUGCAUGUAUCGCAAGACUUACUGGAGCCGCAACUCUUAGACGGCAGGGAACAAGAAUUGAUUGAUUAUUUCCUAUCAAUUAUGCGCAACAAGUUCCAAGAAUGGAAGAAUAAUUUAAUUGGAAGUGAUAUUAAAGAAUUUAUUGAACGUCCUUACGAAUUAGAUGCCAAUAAGGUGACUGGCCUGACUGGUACACCUGUGCUGAUCAGUAUGAUUAAUCAACAAAUAGAUUUAGCCAUUAUGUCUAUUCAUGAAAAAAUUUUGGUUGACGUGAUUAAGGAAUGUUGUAAAGUGAUGACAGAAAUACAACAAACUUGGAUAAUCACACUAGAAUCAGAAGUUCGCUUAUAUAUAGAAGAAAGAGGUGAACCACGUCUUUUAGAAUAUAUUGUCGCACUGGCUAAUGAUGAAUGUCUUUGUGCUGAUCAUAUUGAAAAUCUUAAGACACGGUUAGCGCCAUUAUUUAAAUCUAACGAACAUUGGGAUUCCGUUAAUGCUGAGCUUUGUUAUGUGAGAGAUGGAUUCUUAUAUGUUGUUACAAAUGCCAUCAGUACAGCUUCAUGCAUAAUAUUCAAUGAUCUUAAAAAACCAUUUCGUGAAAUGCAUGCUUCACAGUGGUACAAGGCGGACCCUAUGGGCGUCAUUGUCGUAACGAUAGAAGAUUAUCUGAAACAUAUUAAAUUAUGCUUGAAUUCACGUUUAUUUGUCAUGAUGGUUGUUACUAUGAUUCAAAAAUUUGUAAUAGCAUAUAUAGAAUCAAUGCGUAACAAAAGUGCCAAAUAUCGUACGCCACUAUGCUUGGAUCAUAUGCGAAGAGACAUUCGCGUAGCAGAAAACUUUUUUCUCCAGUAUGUUAAACAAGAUGAAAUUCACCGACAGUUUGACCCAAUUCAUAAACUUCAUAAUUUCUUGAAUACCUCACGUGAGAUGGUACAUAUAGAUUAUUACGUAUUGAAAACAUCAUAUGGAGAUAUACCUCGAAAAUUUCUAAAAAAUAUCUUGUCAAGAAGAUACGAUCUUAUAACUUCCAGAAGUAUAAAUAAAAUAAUUAAAUCUAAAGAAAUUGAAUAUGGUGAAUACACAGGCGAACCAACAAUAUUUAAUAUGAUCAAAGUUGGGGAUGAAGAAGUGUCUGGAGAACAAUUUAGAGAAUUGGAUCGGUUCAAGGGAGAAAUCCAACAAUUAACUAAUGGGUUUAAAGACCUGUACUAUAAAUGCAAAAUUAAACUGCAUAGACCGGAAUC